AUGGGUGACCAACAUUCUCAUCCUCCAGCCCCGGAUAUAGCAAUUCUCAGCGACUCCAUUCAGGUUCACGCUUCGAGCAUAUCCGCAGAGCAAACCUCGGCCGAGCAGUCACUUCUGGAGCCUUAUGCACGCUUCCGGCAAGAUCCUCUCAAUGCUCUGCAGGAGCUCGGUCUCCACUUGGCUGGAAGGGAAUGGCGAAGCUACGACAGGGUCAUCGGCCAGCGCAUAUUCUAUCCUGGCUUCAGCGAGGAGAUGACGGCUAUGGUGAUGCAGCAGAAGAAGCUGCGAGAUAGGAUCGCUGACCUUGCACAGAAGAGGGUCGAGGUUGAGAUACAUGAGGGUUCGCUGGGCGCAAAAGGUCUGGAUGGAGAAGAGCAGGAACACAGGACUCGGCGGCUGGCGAGAAGACGAGAGAUCGAGGAGCAGUUGCGAGGCGUGGCGGAGAAGUGGACAGAUCAGAUGAUUUGCAAGAUGGACAGCAACUGGUUCAUUCGUUCCGCUUACUACAUCGCCACUCAACUUCUGACUAGAGCAUAUCACCAAGGCAUUCACGUUAAUAGCGAUGAGGUGCUGCAUCUGAGAAGUGUGGCGGAGGAGGCGGCGAAGAAGAAACAGUCUAUUAUCUUCUUGCCUUGCCAUAGAUCACAUGUCGACUACGUAUCGUUACAGCUCAUCUGCUACCGACUUGGCCUGGCUCUACCUACCGUCGUUGCAGGCGAAAACUUAAACUUUCCUGUCAUCGGACCAUUCCUACAGCAUGCUGGCGCGAUGUGGAUCCGGCGGUCAUUUGGAGAUGAUCAGCUGUAUGCAACGCUUGUGCAGGCGUACAUGGACACCUUACUGCAAAACGGCUUCAAUAUCGAAUGCUUCGUGGAGGGUGGUCGUUCAAGAACUGGCAAGUUACUACAGCCGAAGUUCGGCAUAUUGAGCUACUUCCUGGAAAGCAUACUUUCCGGCUCCAUCGAAGAUGCAAUUAUCUGCCCUGUCAGUACGCAGUACGACAAGGUCAUUGAGGUGGACUCGUACGUUCGUGAGCUGCUAGGACAACCGAAACCCAAGGAAGACCUCGUGUCCUUUCUGUCUGCUUCAAACGUCCUUUCACUCAAGCUUGGACGUGUCGACGUACGCUUCAAAGAGCCAUGGAGCUUGCGAGGCUUCAUGGACCAGCAGCGAUCACGGCUACAUAAGCAGUCUGCCAGUUUGCAGACUAUGUAUGACGAUGCGCUGAGGAGGAAGCUGCUUACUACACUCGGCUACAAGGUCCUCAAGGACAUUAAUGAUGUGUCAGUCGUUAUGCCUACAGCGUUGGUAGGCACUGUCUUACUGACACUGCGAGGCCGUGGUAUUGGAAAGUCAGAACUGGUCCGUCGAGUCAACUGGUUGCGUGAACGAGUACGCGCUCAGGACGGCCGUGUCGCGCAUUUUGUCGGCUUGGAGACCGAAGCUGUGGUGGAAAAGGCCUUAGAAGUCCUUGGCCCGAAAUUAGUUGGCAGUGUACCCGAUCUGCCAGAGCCGACCUACUAUGCCGAGGAUCGAUUCCAGCUGAGCUUCUACCGCAACAUGACGAUACAUCUGUUUAUAUCCCAGGCUCUGGUUUGUGCUGCGGUGUAUACGAAGGUCAAGCGCGGCGGCCAUGAGCAGGGACAGCGUGUGCCGUACGCUGAGCUAGAGGACUAUGUGCAUUUCCUCAGCCAGCUGUUCAGGGCAGAAUUCAUAUAUCCUACCGAGGCACUAAGUGAGACCUUGUCAAGCACCAUCGCAGGCCUAGAGAAGGAUGAGGUCCUGCAGAGAUCCCAAGAAAGUAGCGGGCGCAUAGAGGUAUCUUAUGUUGAACUACAUCCCAAGGAGCGCUCGGACGGUCGAGAAAACUUCGACUUCUACUGCUUCAUGAUCUGGCCCUUCAUCGAAGCUAGCUGGCUCGGAACGAUCAGCAUCUUCAUGCUCACGCCACCACGAGACUACCAUGACUUUGAGGCCUGGCUCGACUUCAAAGCUUUCCAGGACCGAGCUCAGCUGCUGGGCAAGACGCUGUAUCACCAGGGAGAUCUUUCUUACUUCGAAGCCGUCAACAAAGAAGCUCUCAAGAAUGCAAUUAGUCGCGCUGAGGAGGAAGGCAUCAUCGUCGUGAAGCGCAGCAGAGACCCCAAAGUGCCACCAAGAGUACGUCUGGAUCUGGAAUGGCUGCCACCAAGAGAUGAAGCCGGCAAACUAGUGCCAGAUGGACGAUUGUGGGAGUUAUGCGAGCGUAUAAGUCAAAGCCGCAAAAAAGGCAAGAAUCGGCGAGAUGGUGCCACGGUCAAGACGCGGGUCCUGGCUCUGGCACAUUCGGUUGGUGCGAGCUUGUUUGAUUGUGCUGUCUGGGACGCUGAAGGCACGGGAAGCAAAAGCAAAAGACGAAGAGGCAUUCAAACCAGAGCGCAGUUGUAA